GGGAUGUUUCCGUUGUGACAACUUGACGCGUUGGGCUGUCUUAAUGUGCGCCGAACGGUAGUCGACUAGUCCAAGGGUGCCAGCUGCAACCAACAAAGACCUAAGCUUGCGCUUUGCUGACCCACAUCACCAAGCGUACCUUGGGGCAUACAACUUGCCGUGGGGUAUUUCAAACCGGUUGGAUAUGGUCUGGAACUGGUAGCAAUGGAAGCAAGCGCUACGACAUGCCCAAGCCAGCGACACCGCAGCGUCGCCGAUGUGCUACACGAGCUAAGCGUUCCGGCGUUAGACACGCUUUAUGAAAAAUUGCAGGCUGCACGCUGCCUCACAGCUGCUCGCCUGACAUGUCGGGCCCUCCGCGAAGCCAUUGAUGGCAGCGUCCGCAAACUCCGGCUGACUGUGAAGAAGUCGGUGCGCAAGAAGUGGGAAGCCGGCCAUUUGCCGUCUCUUUUGCGCUGGCCGAGAUGCACAUCAAUAAACCUCGUCUAUGCUGUUCGCGGUCAAAGCGUCGAAGCAUCGGAAGAUGCCGCAAGUCUUCUCGCGUUGCCAUUUUCGGGCCUCCCACUUGAGGCUCGAAAACGCAUCAAACAUCUCGAGCUGGAAGAAGAUGAUGACAAGCCGCUGCCAGCGGUUGAAACCGUUGUGUCGGUGCUCGUACACCGCCUUCCAGCACUGCGAGAGCUCGAAAUCUUCGAGCUAAGCGGGAUGUCGUACGGACGCCCCAAUCUGCAGCUCAUGUACGACAGCAUGGCUUCCCUGUCGUACCUCGAGCGCCUCAAACUGCCCAGCGUCGCAGCACUGCAGUGUGUAUCCGUGCUGGCGGCUAGCGGAAGCAGUGACAGUAGCGUCUGCCGCUUAAGACGCCUGGAGAUACAUCCCAGCAUCGCGCUCGAUGAAAGCGUGGUAAACCCGGAAUCCCUGGGCGAGCUAGCGCGCCUCACGACGCUGCGAGAGCUGCGGCUUUACGACUGCGACCUACUAAGCGACAGCAGAUUCGAACCCGAGGAGGAGGCGCAGGGAGACGCAUUUGCUCGGCGCACAUCACACCAUGCCCGGAGACGACCCGCGCUGCUGCCGCUGCUGAGCUGCCUCCCACCCUCCCUGGAGCGGCUAGAGCUGGACCGGUGCCGCUAUCCCAACGCGCGACAGGACUUCGACUUGGUGCUGCACCUGCAAGACGGGGCUAUCCAGGAGGUGGAGUUGCCGGCCGGGGAGUGGGGCAGCGGGAUGCGCCUUACCACCCUGUUGGACCUGGCUAAACACGAGCUGCUGCCGAUUCUCCAGCAGCACGAAACGCAGCCGCAGCCGCAGCUACAGCCGCCCUUGGCGUCACGUCGGCGACAGCAGAGGGGCCGCAAGGCGGAGCGCAGCGGAGGACCGCGGGAACACCUGUACGGCAGCAGCAGGCGUCUUCCCAGCCUAAUCGUCAGCUUGCUGCAGGUCGACGUGGCGGGAGAAGAGUCGCUGAGUAGGGGGGACGAGGCAGCCCUGCGGGACCUGCUGCCCUGUUUUUCAAACGUGAAAAUCGGCACCUUUGAGGUGCCGCAGGGGAGCUCGAGAGCCGCGGUGUUGCAGGUGGUUGGGUUGCUUGGAGAGCCGGGUCAGGUGAACGUCAAGGCGGAUUGCCGGCUUUUGAAUUACCCGGAGUUGGACAUUCGGAUGAGGUCGGAGGCUCCUCUCUUGACGGCGGCUGCCGUGGUGGCUGAGCAGCUGCCCCUGCAGCAGCAGCAGCGGCUGGCAGGCGGUACGGGUGCUAAGGCUGCUGCGGGCGACCCAGGGUCUCAACCGUCACAGCUGUCGCACCUGCCGCCGUUGCCACCACUAACUGCCGUGUUGACGGAGGCGUUGGCCCGCAUGAGUGCCGAAGCCACAGCUGCUGCAGCCGACGUUGGCGACACGAUUGUUGCCCCCACAACAACCACCGUUGGACAUCCCGUCGCCACGACAGGACCAUCAUCAUCAUCAACAGCAGGAGCAGCAACAGCAGCAGAGGAGGAGGAGGAGGAGGAGGAGGUCAUGGUGCUGCUAAGGGGCUCGCUAAUCGCUCCCCUUACGGAAGUGAUACCACGUUACGAAUGGAUAUACUCUCUGGAACAGCGCGCAGUGGCGAUCGCCAGCGGGCGGCCGGGCGACUACGUUGCCGGCUUCCAGGCGCUGCCUCCGCUGGGGGCCCUGGUGCUGUCGUGCAAGAACCGCCAGGCCGCGGAGGCGGUAAUGCAGGCGGCGGCAGCCCGACGUGCGGAAGCGGAGGCGGAAGAAGUGAAGGCGGAAGAAGCGGAAGCGAGCACACAGCAGGGGCUGCGGGCGGCAGCAGCAGGGACGGAUGGGGGAGAGACGGGGGCUGCCGAGAGGGAGAGACGGCGGUCCGAGGCAGCGGCAGGGGCGGAGGGUGCGCGAGGAGCGGUGGCGGGGCCGGUGGCAGGAGCGCUUCAGGUGACCCGACUGGGCUGCAGACCGGUGGACAUGCCGCUGGGGAAUGCGCUGCUGGAGCCCGUUCUGAAGGUUAUGCAAGAGGCAUGGCAGGCCGCGGCUGCAGGGGGGGAUUGCGACAUCCGCCGCCGGCUGGGGUGGCUGCUGGGGCUGAGGGACGGGCUGCAGCAGCUGCCCCGAGUGAAGGUGCCGUUCAUUGUGCGCUGAGCAAGCGGAGGGCUGUUGCUGAUCGCUGCGGGGGCACGAACGAAUGCAGGUUCCUGACGAAGACCUGAGGGGGCACGAACGAACGCCGAAGGGUCUCCUGCCGAAGACCUGAGAGGCCAUAAACAAACGCCGGAGGGUCCUGGUGAAGACCUGAAGGAGCAUGCAAGCUGAAAGAUGUGCCCGGUUAGACGGGUGCCGGUUGCAGCAAUUGGGGGAUGGGUGUCGCAUGGCAGCACCUGUAGUGUACACAUGUACUGCAAGGCUACCGUACCAGGCAUUGUCGACAUUGCGGGUUGCCGUUGACGGAAUGUGUUGUCGUUGGGUUGUGUUAUAAAGAGAGGGUGCGUGGAGUGAGGUCGGAGGCUGUUAGGUACCGGGUAUGGCGACAUCACAACCACUGCUGAGCAGCACUGCAGCACGGUACGCUAAUCUGGCCUCUAGCCUCAGCCAGAUCAUGUGCAGGACCGCAGCCACCGCCUAGCGGCCAUCCCCUGGUCAAAAUGACGUCACCUACCGGUAACCCCCUGGCAUCGAUUACGGUGGCUAGGAGCGGUGAC